CUAAAAGUACAAAAAUUUUAAAGGAGAAGAUUUUCCACAUACGUAAGUCCCCUAUGAAACAUUUGAAUGUUCAAAGUUUGGCACCCAUAUAAGAAUGGCUACCCCUAUUUAUACCCAUUCCUCUUAUCCAUUUUCCCUUACAUUCAAUAUACAUUACAUUACAUUAACCCUAAAAGAAAAAUAAUGGGACUCAUAUUCAAAACCCUUUCCAUUGUCUCCCUCUCCCUAAUCCUCCUCCCUCUCACUCAUGCUGCCACCUUCUUCAUAAAAAACAACUGCCCCUACACCGUGUGGGCAGCGUCCCUGCCCACAGGUGGCGGGCAGCAGAUAAACACUGGCGGCACCUGGUCCCUGAACGUGGCGCCAGGCACCACCAGCGGCCGCAUAUGGGGCCGGACGGGAUGCAACUUUAAUGGCGCGGGGAACGGGCACUGCCAGACCGGCGACUGCGGCAACGUCCUGGCGUGCAGGCUCUCGGGGGCCCCCCCGACGACGCUCGCGGAGUUCUCCCUCAACCAGCCCAACAACUUGGACUUCUACGACCUCUCGGUGAUCGACGGGUUCAAUGUCCCGAUGUCCCUCGCUCCGACGUCCGGUGGGUGCGCUUCCCUCCGGUGCCCCGCUGAUAAGUGCUCCGACGCCUACCUCUUCCCGUCGGACAAUUCUAAAACUCACAGCUGCCGUUCGGGGACAAACUACAACGUUGUUUUCUGCUGAAGAAUUCAAUAUUGAUAAUAAUAAUAAUAAUAAUAAUGAUAAAUUGAUAAUAAUGGCUAUUAGUGAAUGUAAUAAGGCAAUAAAUGUCAUUAUCGAUCGCCACAUCCACCUCAUGGACGGGGACGGGUGAUAUAUAUGAUACACAUACAAAGACUUCUCUAUAUAUAUAGUCCUCCCAUCCAGAAAAAAAUUAUUAUGUUUGAUUAAAGUUAUUUUUAUAUC